AACUGUAGAGGGAGCCCUAACAACAACACUUUGGUUAUACAGAAAAUCUUUUCGUGGGAAUUCCAUGAAAUAGCCCUAAUUUCAUCAGUUUGAUCAAACAGAUAUAGUGUUAGGUAUCCAGCCGCUCAGCUUCAAUUAAUGACAGGAAGGGAUAGUCAAAUGUUCCUGGAAAGCCUUUGAUCUUGAUGUUGGAUUAAAGCCAAUUCAUGGAGCAGGGUAUCAUUUAGAAUUGAUGCUAAUCUCUACUAGCCCAUGAAGCACGUUUAUUCUGUGGAUGAUCUAGACAAGGUACCCUUCUGGAAUAGUGAUAACUGUUUUCAUUUCUGUAUGGAAUUCUGAUUGAGUUUUACAUCCACAAAGCAGCAGAGAUGGCAUUAUCAACGAUGAAAGCGAAUCAACUAGUCUUCAAGCAGGCUUUAAAUUUUAAGAGCGCUUCAUACAGCAGGAGUAUUGCUAUUACUUCUUACCGUCCACAAAGUAAUUACUCAGCUGUCCAUGAUUACAGCCCAGCAAAGGAAAAGUCGAGGCCAGUUGUGUCCUUUUACAACCAAAGUGCAAUCGACGUCGCAGCAAAAAAGCCCUCUGUACGUUUGACACCAGCCACACUCCUCUACACUGGGAAGUCACCUGAUGGCAACCAUCUAUUGAGGAGUGCCCAGUAUCUACACAAGGAGCUCCCUGUGAGGGUAGCCCAUCGUAUUGCGGAAUUCCGUGGUCUACCCUUCAUUGUUGGCUGCAAUCCCACAAUCCUCCAUGUUCACGAACUCUACAUCCGAGCAUUCCACCUUCUCUCAGAGUUUCCUUCGAUCCGAGACAUGGAUACAGAGAGACAGUACUGUAAGAUGGUGAAGACGUUAUUAGAUGACCACAAAGAUGUUGUAACUCAUCUAGCUGAAGGCUUUAGGGAAUGCAGAAAACACAUCACGGACGAGAGUCUAAUCCACAAUUUCUUGGAUCGCAUCCUGACCUCACGGCUAGGUAUCCGGAUGUUGGCAGAACAUCAUCUAUUUCUUCAUCAAGAUAAGAAUGACUCUAUUGGUAUCAUCGCAACCAAGAUGUCACUCAAGAAAGUGAUCGAGAAGUGGGUGUCAUUUGCAAGAGAACAAUGUGAGUUGCGGUUUGGCUAUGCACCCAGCGUAAAGAUCAAUGGCCACACUGGAGCCACUUUCCCGUACAUCAUCCAGCCUUUAGAUUACAUGCUUCCAGAACUCCUUAAGAAUGCCAUGAGAGCCACGAUUGAGAGUCAUUUGGAUACCCCUAUGAAUCUACCAGAUGUAGUCAUUACCAUCGCAAGUAAUGAAGUUGAUUUCAUCAUUAGGAUAUCGGAUCGAGGAGGAGGUAUCCCCCAUUCCUUGUUGAAGAAGGUGUUCCAGUAUCACUUCACGACGGCCAAUGAUGAUGAGAGUGUGAGUGAUAAUGGUGGAGCUUUGGGUACCAUGAUUGAAGCCGUCAAUCAGCCUACAGCCGGACCUCUCUGUGGAUUUGGCUUUGGACUGCCAGUAUCCAAGGCAUAUGCAGAGUACCUAGGAGGGUCUAUAUCACUGGAGACCAUGCAAGGUAUCGGAACAGAUGUCUACCUUAGACUGAGGCACAUUGAUGGCAAACAGGAGAGCUUUAGGAUCUAAUUAGGACAGCUUUGAGAAAAAGAGUUAUAGCGGAGAGCUUUAGGAUCCGGGAAUUCAAAUAAUUUGAUAUCAUGUCAAAGGCAGUUGCAGAGCUAGCGUUUUUUCUUGUCGUAAUUGACCAGGCUGCUACCAAAGAGAUUGAAAUAACAGAUUUUAAAGAGGAGUGUUUGUGAGAAAGUCAAACGGUUGUCAUGGUAAUCUAUAUAGAGGCUGAAUUGUAUGUAGGUAUUAUUUAUAACAUCCAUUUCCCAAAGAAAAGGCUAUAGACCAUAAGAAAUGUUGCUUGUGAUCACAAGUGGUAGCUUUUUAGAGAGCAUUAAUGUGAAACCUAAUUGAUGUUCAGGCUCCCUUUGGCCCAUAUUCUUGAAAGCAUGUCUUUAAACCUGGUUGAAAGCGAGUCCACUCGUUAAUGAAGUACCAACGUAGAUAUUCAUAUCGAUAACAGUACCGGUAAUUGUGAUACAAAUCGAAUCAAUGCAAU